AUGGUUUGGAUUGUGUUUGCACGCCCUCAAGUGGAUACAUUGGGUUCACAAGUGAAGGUCUACAGUAUGAAUUCCAACUCUUGGAAGACUGUUGAAAGCUUCCCUUACACACAGAUUUCUAGGGAACGUGCCAUUCCUCUAAAUGGUGCUGUCUAUUGGACCGCAGAAGAUAAUUUCAUGAGUAACAAUGUUGUUGCCUUGGAUCUUACGAUUGAAACAUUCAAGGUGUUUUCCACGCCUUUUACUGUUGUUAGAUACCCAGAGGGAGUUAGUUUGAAUGAGUUGGGUGGUUGUUUGUGCUUGUGUGUUAUUCAUCUUUUUGAAUCCUGUGUUGUUGAAGUCUGGAGAAUGGAUGAAUAUGGAGUGGGUAUUUGGUCUCAUUUCUAUAAUGUUACCAUGAAUGUUGCGUAUAAUUACUUUUACUGGUAUGAUUUUGUGAUAAACACGGAAGAACAAGUUACAAUUCUUGGUCUGUCUCGCUUCUUUAGUGCAGCUAUCUGUGUAGCCAACCUUGGCCUCCUUGAUGAUGAUCUGGUGAUCAGCGAAGACGAAGGGUCUAAACAUAAUAUGAGUGAAGAUGAAGGGUCUGAACAAGAUGAUAUGAGUGCAGAUGAAAGGUUCUUACAAGGGUCCGAACAAUGUGAGACUAGUGAAGAUGAAGGGUCCAAACAAUGUGAGACCAAUGAAGAUGAAGGGUCUGAACUGAGCGAAGAUGAAAGUUCUGAACAAGAUGAUCUGGAUUAA